GGCGGCGGCGAGGAAGCGCCAUGGCAGGGGGCUGGGCCGGGUUCUCCGAGCAGGAGCUCCGGCGACUCCAGGGGCAGCGCAAAGAUCCAUUAGAAUCUCCUCUUGAACAGCAGCGUCGGAUUCAGAAGCCUUCUAUAAACAAAAGCCGCCAACAUUUGCAGCAUAAAAAGCCUAUUCAGCAGAUAUGUGAAAAAAUGGAACUGCCUGUUAGAGCAGCCUUGUCAUCCCUGGAGCAGCGUCUUUCUGUGCCUAAACCAAAGUGCUCCUCACCACAGGCAUCUCUAUCACCAUCCCAAUGUCUGUCAACAGGAGAGCAACAGAAUUCCAGAAAUCAACAGGUUGAACCUGAAGAAUCUUGUAAUGGCGAUCCCUCAGCAGAACCAAGUCAUAAAUGGAUGAAAAAGAAAAUGGAAUUGCAGGAGAAGUCCCGGUGGGAGAUCCUGCAACAGGAGCAGAAGCUUAUGGAAGAAAAGAACAAACGCAAGAAAGCCCUCCUGGCUAAAGCAAUUGCUGAAAGAUCUAAAAGAACUCAGGCUGAAACGGUGAAGUUAAACCGGAUCCAAAAGCAGCUUCAAGCCCUAGAUGACAUGGUAUCUGCUGAUAUUGGGAUUCUGAGAAACAGGAUUGACCAGGCCAGCUUGGAUUAUUCAAGUGCUCGGAAACGUUACGAUAAGGCAGAAACUGAGUUUGUGGCUGCAAAGCUGGAUCUCCAAAGGAAAACUGAAAUCAAAGAACAGCUCACAGAGCAUUUGUGCACAAUCAUACAGCAAAAUGAGCUCCGCAAGGCCACGAAACUGGAGGAGUUAAUGCAGCAGCUGGAAGUGGAGGCAGAUGAAGAAAAUCUGGAACUCGAGAUAGAGGUAGAGCAGAUGCUGCAGCAGCAGGAGGCAGAAGCUAGAAGGCAAGGGGCUGAGUCACAGAAGGUUGCUCCUGUUGAUGUAGAGGAUACAGCCCCACAGACUACUAAAAAAGGCCACGAGAACAAAGGCCACAUAGUUUCAGAAACAUUAAUGGAACAGCCCACAAGUUCUCAGACAAUUGGCCAAGGUCAAACAAUAAACUCAGAAGAAAUAAUGGCUCACAAUAGUACAUGAAUGCUGAAACUGACAAACUAGACUUUAGUUGGUACCAUUUUCUAUUCACUCAUAUGUUUCAGACGUUUCUGUUCCAUUGCUACAAGAGCCCUCUGAAAUUUGUUUUGGUGGCAUUGCAUUUUCCAUUCUUUUCUGAAUCACCCAAUUUUUGUAUGAGCUAUUUCUCUUCUCUGUGCCUACCUGCCUUCAGUUGUUUUUAUUGAGCAAAUUACAUGCCCAUUAUGGAAGGGAGAAUGCAAAGAAAAGAGCAAUGUUGUUUGAAGUCUUUAAAGAUUUUAAGUGAGAAGGCACAUCUUACACAAUGGGUCAAACUGCACAAUACAUGUUGAAAAGACAUUUCUUUCUUGGGGUCCACAGAUUUGAUUAGUGGACUUGGUAUCUGGAUAGAAAGGGAUGUGCACAUCCAUGUGCAAAUUUAGUCUCAAGUGAAGUGAUUGCACUUUAUUUUGUAAGUAACUAAUUCCUGUGACUAGCGGUGUUUGCAGAUGAGGCUUUCAUUGUGCAGUUACACUGCAUCACAUUCAUGGAAUUCUGUGGGUUCAGGUGUUGUCACCUUCAAUUUGUAACCUUCUGCUUUACCACUGCUUCUUCUUUCUCGUUUCUUACCAGAAAAAAAAAUCUAUUAAGGAGGGAAAGGCAAUGCACAAUGCCUUUUUAUUGUUAGUGCUGGAAGCCUUCCAUCUUGAAGGACCUAGGCUUCCUCCAAAGGUCUUCCAUGUUAAAUCACACUGUUUUUAACUUAUUUAACAACUGGGAUCUGUUAUCAGAGCAUUAAUAUAUCUAAGUUGUACUGUAUAAAAUAUAUCAGUAUUUAAUGGGAAGUGCUAGAAGAAAGGAAGAUAUCCCCCCAGCCAUCUGUCCUUACUUCACCAGCUACUAUGGAAGCUGAUUGGGCUGGCCAAACAAGGACAGAGCACUCUUCAUUAGUCAUUGUAAAAGGUGUCUUGUCUCAA